AUGGCCGUGCCACUGUUUCGCCUCGACAACGCCGAGCUUGCGGCGCUCGUCCAGCUCUACGACAAGUGCGCGACGCAGCCCUCGUCGGCGAUCGUCCAGACGUGGUGCACGGGCGAUGGCCGCUGCGGCGCCAACGUCACGACGCACCCGUGCACCGGGCGGCUGCUUGAGGAAAGCAACGCGACGACGCUGGCCGCGCUCCCACAUCGUUCGCCGUGGUUUGGCAUCACGUGCGACCCGCGCACGGACCCCGUCUCGGUGCUCGAGGUCGCGCUGCCGUACCAAGCGCUGGUCUGCACGACGUUGGAUCUGGACUUUUCGGCGUUCGCGCGUCUAAAGCUCGUGAACUUGGAAGGCAACGCGAUCUCGGGGCCGGUUCCGACAUGGGUCCCAUUGCUGCCGGACCUCGAAGUCCUCAACUUGAACUUUAACAACCUUUCGGGGAAUGUGCCCGGCGCCAUUGCCGAUGCGCCCAAGCUCCAGGAGCUCAGCCUCGCCGGCAACGCUCUCCGUGGCCCCCUCCCGCGUGGGCUCGAGGUCCCGCCGCUCGAGUUGCUCGAUGUCGGCAACAACAAUUUGCAUGGACCGCUGCCCACGGCGUUGCUACACAGCGCGACGCUCCGGUACUUGGAUGUGAGCGGCAACGCCUUGGAUGGGCCUAUUCCUACGGCGCAACUGCCGCGCUUGGAGCACUUCGACGUCGCGUUCAACCAGCUCAGCGGACCGCUGCCACUUAGUCUUAGCACCUGGGGCCGCCACGACAACAGCUCGAUCUCGAUGCUGACAUACUUUGACGCGAGCAACAACAGUCUUUCAACGCGCCUGCCUUCCGAUUUGGGCGACUUGGACCUUCUCGAGCACUUUUCCGUGACCAACAACUCGCACGUUUACGGUCGCCUCCCGCGUCUACCGCCACUGCUCACGACGGACGCUGUCGCACGCGGCGCCAACCUCAGCUGCCCGCUGCCCGACCUGCCGGGCCACGACUGGGGCGCCACAAGGUGUGUCUGCGGCGACGGCAGCACUGUCAUGGCCGAUGGCACCUGCGCGCUCUGUCCGUCGGGCACGUAUUCCUCGAAUGCGCUUCUUGACAAAGCGUGUGCUGUCUGUGACGUCGGAACGUUUUCGCUGCAGGGCGCUGACACUUGCGCUCCAUGUGCCGCAGGGACGUUUGCCAACACAAGUGGUGCUUCCGCGUGCACAAUGUGCGCACUCGGUUCUGUGUCUGCCACCGGCGCCUCGGAGUGCCACGUCUGCGCACCUGGCACGACAUCGACUCUGACCGCCGACGGCUGCGUCCCGUGUCCGCCAGGCACCUUUUCCUCGGACGGCGGGAUGUGUGAGCCGUGCCCGGCUGGCGCCGUGGCGGCCGCCUCCGGUGCGACGCAGUGCACUCUGUGCCCAUCGUCGACCUUUGCACCGGCCGGAUCCGCGUCGUGUUUACCAUGUGCCACCGGUUUUGUGGCCGAUGGCAGUGGCAACGCAGAGUGCUUUGCCCAACCUCCGAGCGGCUGGGGCUGGAAGAACCGCACGACGACCGCACCGUGCACCGCCGGGACCUUCAACAACGGCUCGUUUGUGGCGUGUCAAGCCUGCGCUUUCGGCACCGCCGUAGCCGUCGACCAAGCAACCGCUUGCGAGCGCUGCGUCGUUGGUACGUACGCACCUCGUCGCGGCAGCACUGCGUGCAUCCCGGCCCCAGUGGGCACGUGUGUGCCGUCCACUGGCGCCCGCCGCCCGGAUCCCUGUGCCCCGGGCACCUUUGCCGACCGCAGUGGCCAAGCAGCCUGCACGAUCUGCCCCGGUAACACGACAUCGACAUUGCCUGGCGCGGUCCGAUGCAGUGCGCCGUCGGCGGGCCACAUCCUUGAAAACACGUCGUGGCCGCAGCUGCUGCUUACGGUCCCAGUGCAUGCGUCCUUUCUCGACGGCGCCAACACACACAUGCUCGAGUCGAUUGUCGCACGUGCGUGGACGUACUUGGAGCUUCAGUGCACGCCCGUGGUCCUCUCGGUGUUCGAAAACGAAUUCGCGCCACGCGGUACGCAGUACGCUGGCAACCACAGCGUCAGUGUGCGCAUACUCCUAACGUCGUGCUUGCCGCGAUUGACACCAGACGUGGUGUUGGACAAGAUCGCGAUGCCUAUCGGGUCGGGGCAACUGGCGUGGAUCCUGCGACUCUUGUGGCAACCACACGGCUGGCCCGACGUCCUGCCGUCCAUCGACCUAUUGCGCUUUUUCGACUCGAUGCAGCCCGCGCCGUGCCCGGUUGGCACGUUCUGGGCUCAUGGCGACUGCCACCGGUGCCCGGCCGGGUCGUUUGCGGCGACACCAGGUGCGCUGGGCUGCACCCUCUGCAGUGUCAACACGGUCGCGGCUACUCCUGGGUCGUCGGUCUGCGCUGCGUGCUUGAAACACACGCACGCUGCCAUACCGGGUUCUCUACAGUGCGACGACUGCCCACUUUUUGCACUGACGUUGGACCCGCAGUGCCGCGCGUCGCUCGACGCACUCAUCUUUUACGCGUGCGUAUGUCUCUGGCUCCUCGUCGCGGCGUACCGUAGCUGUCGCCGGCACUUGGAUGGCGUGUCGCCCGAGCCCGAGAUGCUCCUCGUCGCCUAUCGCACCAAGAACAAGCAGACCGUCAACACGGUCCAGUACCCGCUACCACGCGUCAUCUCCCGUCGGAGCUUGCAGAACCGUCGUAUGCCAACGCCAAGCAUUCAGUAA